AUGAACAAAGCGCUGCCAAGCUACUCGGGCCCGUCCCCUGAGAGGUUGAGGCGACGAAAAGAUGUGGGAGUCGUGACAGCCUGUAUACUAUCCAUCCUCUUCUUCCUCUGUAUCCGGGGCACGGCAUAUUUCAACCUGUUCAACUCAACACCGUCUCAUGCGGCUUCUGCUGUCUCUCGCUGUCUAUCUCUUGAGCUUGCACCAGGCCCAUCUGCCGAUUUCCACAAGCGCAAGCAAUCCGACCGUUAUGUGCCUGGGACCAAGCCAUACCUUUUGAAGAAUGCGAGGAUAUGGACUGGGGCGGAGAAUGGCACGGAAGUCGUCGACGCAGACAUCUUGCUCGACAAGGGCCUGAUCAAGGGCAUCGGUCACGUUCGUCAGUCGACGCUGCAGGCGUACAAGGAUGACCUCGUAGUCAUAGACGUCAGAGGCUCCUGGGUGACGCCUGGAAUUGUUGACCUGCAUUCCCACCUUGGGGAUGCUUCUAGUCCUGAGCUUGACGGCGCGAGCGGAGACGAUAACUCCUUGAAGGGGCCCAUUCAGCCGUGGCUUCGAGCUCUAGACGGAUUAAACACUCAUGACGCGUCGUACGAACUCUCUAUCUCUGGCGGUGUUACCACUGCACUCGUCCUGCCGGGCUCUGCGAAUGCCAUUGGGGGGCAAGGGUUCACAAUCAAGUUACGCAAGACACCUGAGCGCUCACCCACCUCAAUGCUCUUGGAACCUCCGUACCAAAUCAAUUCGUCCUUCCUGGAGACAGCAGAGCAUCCCAGAUGGCGCCAAAUGAAACAUGCUUGCGGGGAGAACCCUAGUCGGGUGUAUGGCUUCACUCGCAUGGAUACAAUUUGGGCCUUCCGUGAAGCUUACAACAAGGCCAAGCAGAUCAAGGAAGCGCAGGAUGCGUACUGCGUCGAUGUUCGUGCCAAGAAUUGGGAUGCCCUCAAGGAUAAGUCCUACCCCGAAGAUUUGCAAUGGGAAGCACUCGUCGAUCGUUUUAGUCGGCUAGACCGCAUCCAGGUUCAAGUCCAUUGCUACGAGACCGUAGACCUCGAUGACAUUGUACGGCUUUCGAAUGAAUUCCAAUUCCCUAUUGCGGCGUUCCACCACGCCCAUGAGGCAUACUUGGUUCCUGACACACUGAAGAAGACUUACGGACAACCACCAGGCGUUGCCAUGUUUGCCACGAACGCAAGGUAUAAACGCGAGGCUUACCGUGGGUCUGAGUUUGCUCCUCGCAUCCUUGCAGAGAAUGGACUCAGAGUCGUCAUGAAAAGCGAUCAUCCAGUCCUAGAUUCUAGGUAUCUGCUCUAUGAGGCUCAGCAGGCAUACGUGUACGGUCUUCCAGACAACCUGGCCAUUGCUGCGGUUACCAGCACGCCAGCUGAGAUCAUGGGAAUGGGACACCGUGUUGGCUAUGUGAAGGAGGGUUGGGAUGCUGAUCUCGUCAUUUGGGACAGCCACCCGCUCGCUCUCGGUGCAACCCCAAAGCAGGUAUUCAUUGACGGCAUUCCGCAGCUGGAGACCCCACACGUUGUGAAUAAGCCGGCGGCCUGGCAGCAGAGGCCGAGAGUGCCGAACUUCGACAAGGAGGCUGCGGACGCUGUGAAGUACGAAGGUCUCCCACCGUUGACCCCAGCAAAGUCAGACUCCGGUGUCGUCUUGUUUACAAACGUCAAGAGCGUUUACAAGCGCGCAGGUGGUGAUGUGCAAGUAGCCUAUACUUCCGGAGAUGCCGACCUUGGGGUGGUAGUUGUCCACAACGGCGUCAUCGCAUGCUCGGGGGGAUACAAGUCUUGCGUUACUCCGGCCCUUUUGGGUAGCGCCGAAGUUGUGAACCUGCAAGGCGGUUCCAUCGCACCUGGACUGGCUACCUAUGGCUCCCAACUCGGCCUACAAGAGAUCAGCGCAGAAUCAUCGACCAUCGACGGCUACGUGUAUGAUCCGCUCCUUCAGAAAGUCCCCGCUGUCCUGGGUGGAGACGGUGCCCUUGUUCGUGCCGCUGACGGGUUGCAGUUUGGAAGCCGCGAUGCCCUUUUGGCAUAUCGUGGAGGCGUUACGACCGGAAUCGUCGCCCCAACUCACCGACGUUUCUACGCGGGCCUGAGCACAUCAUUCUUCACCGGCGCACCACACAAGCUUGAGGAAGGUGCAGUGAUACAGGACGUGAAUGCUCUUCACGUCACCGUGCGCCACUUCGGAAGCAUUCCAAGUAUCAGCACACAGAUUGCCGUGCUCCGUAAGCUGCUCCUUGAGCCAGGUGAAGGGGAAGCUGGCGAGUGGUUCGAGGAAGUCAGAGAGGGUCGAGCGACAUUGGUCGUCGAGGCAGACAGCGCAGAUGUGAUUGCAACUCUGAUUCUUCUCAAGAGAGAGGUGGAGGACGAAUUCGGCAGUACUGUGAAGAUGACUAUCACUAGCGCUCUCGAGGCACAUAUCCUCGCCAAGGAAAUUGCUGAGGCCAACAUUGGCAUUGUUCAGGUGCCAGCACGACCAUUCCCCACGACUUGGGAGAGACUGAGAAUCCUUCCCGGACACCCUCUCACGGAAUAUAGUUCACUUGCUGUCCUGCUAUCUCAUAAUGUCACUGUCGGCAUUGGCAUUGAGGAAGCAUGGAGUGCUCGCAAUACUCGCUUCGAUAUCGGCUGGGCUGCAGUCGAGGCCGGUGGAUUCAUCACCAAAGAGCAAGCGAUCGCUCUUGGCUCUACUAACGUCGAGAAACUGCUCGGCGGCGAUAUCGAUAGUGAAGAUGUACAUGACAUGGUGGUCACAGAAGGCGGCGACUUGCUGGACUUUGAGAGCAAAGUUGUCGGCGUCAUCUCACCAAGACGCAGAACUGUAGAUCUGUUUUGA